GAGGGGAGUGUGUGAGCGCGAAGCACCGGGUAUCCUGAGUCUGGAGGGGUGCCGUGUGAUGAGAGGGGGGCUUUUCUGCCUGUGGAUGUAUGAGCCAGGGCAGCGUCUUUUUUUUUUCUUCUUCCUCUCGCAGGCGAGUUUACAUGUGCAUGAAUGUGUGUGAGUGAGAGAAAGACAGUUAGUGUGGGCAUGCCAGCGCGUGUAUGUGUAACAGUGUCGUCGUUCAGCGACAGACUCUUCGCAUUAUGCAGCCGACGGUGCUCAUCACACUUUGAGGACUGACUCAUCUAGACCCGGCUGUGGAGACAGGAGAGACGACAGACGGACGGAUGGGAAGACAGGAGGACAGUUUUAGGCUCUCGAUGUUCUGGGACCCACAAGACCAUCCAAGUGUCUUGUCCAUUUUGGGACGCCAGUAGCCCCCCCCCCCCUUGUUCCCCCACAAAUUGGAAUUGCAGACACAGAGCCAGACAGGUAUCCAAAAAAACCCUAAAAUGAAAAUAAAUCCCCAGAUGUUGUCGUCUUGAAGGAAGGAUUCCAAUUCAUUUCUGCUCCACGGACGAAGACGAGAGGGUCUUUUUUCACUUGACAUCGCUUUCUUCCGAGGGGUCGCAGGAUCCUAAACCGGAGCCCAGGAGGUGGGGGGGAGAUAAGAGGCUGGCAGACGAGACGGGACAGACGCAGGCAUGGCUCGCCUCAACUGGUGCCUGGCUGCCGUCAUCAGCUGGGGCAAGUUCCUCUUCGCCUGCUUCUUUCCGCUGCGGGGCGCCAAGCGAGACAAGCCCGACGAGCUGGAGGGCGUCCACACACACACCUUCAAGCUGAAGCCAUUCAAGAAGGCCAAGAGCUGUGAUAUAUGCAAGCAAGCCAUCACCAAGGAGGGCCUCAUCUGCAAAGCGUGCCGGUUGUCCUGCCAUAGAAAAUGUGAAGUAAAGGUCACCACAUCAUGUCAAACAACUACCAACUAUGACGUGCCUCCCACUCCUCAGCUGCCAUUAAAGCAUGUAGAUACACCGGGAUCCACGAGGUCCUGCAAGAGUGUGGAGAUAAGGCGAAAGCAGUCCGGGGGUCAGAGUGUGGUUCAGGCCAUGGAGGAGAGCUAUGAGGUGGACCUGGUCUACAUCACAGAGAGGAUCAUCUCUGUCUCCUUCCCGGCCGGUGCCGACGAGCACAGCUACACCACCAACCUCAAGGAGGUGGCGACCAUGCUGCGCUCCAAACACGGCGAACACUAUUUGAUGCUCAACCUGAGCGAUCGGAGGAAUGACUUAUCGCAGUUAAACCACAAGGUUCUGGAGUUCGGCUGGCCAGACCACCACGCACCAGCACUGGACAAAAUCUGCAGCAUGUGCAAGGCCAUCGACACGUGGCUCAAUGGAGACCCGCACAACGUGGUUGUGCUACACAACAAGGGAAACCGAGGUCGAACAGGGGUGGUGGUGGCCGCGUACAUGCACUACAGCAACAUAUCCGCAAGUGCUGACCAGGCAUUGGACAGAUUUGCCAUGAGGCGCUUCUACGAGGACAAAGCACUUCCUGUGGGUCAGCCAUCGCAGAGAAGGUAUGUGCAGUACUUCAACGGCCUUCUCUCCGGACACAUCAAAAUCAACAACAAGCCUCUGUUCCUGCAUCAUGUUAUCAUGCACGGCAUUCCCAACUUUGAGGCCAAAGGAGGCUGCCGUCCUUUCCUGAAGAUCUACCAAGCAAUGCAACCGGUGUAUACGUCAGGAAUAUACAAUGUGCAAGGAGACAGCAACACCAGUAUCUGCAUCACCAUCGAACCAGGGCUGCUGCUGAAAGGAGACAUCCUGCUGAAGUGUUACCACAAGAGGUACAGGAACCCGAACAGGGACGUGAUCUUCAGGGUGCAGUUCCACACCUGCGCCAUCCAUGACCUCGGGGUGGUCUUCGGGAAGAGCGAGCUCGACGAUACCUUCAAAGGUAACGGCUCUCUGGAUGAAAGGUUCCCAGAGUAUGGGAAGGUGGAGUUUGUCUUCUCCUAUGCACCAGAAAAAAUCAAAGGCCUGAGCCACCUGGAGAACGGGCCAAGUGUCUCAGUGGACUACAAUACCCAGGAGACUCUGAUUCGCUGGGACUCGUACGAGAACUUCAGCCACCGCUGUGUGGACGCUACGGACGGGGAACACGAUGUUGUUCAUACCCAGGGUCCACUUGACGGAAGCCUGUAUGCCCGUGUCUGUAAGAAAGACUCCCUGGAGGGAGUUGUCACCAUCAACGGUCUCCCGGUCCAUGAAAACCCCUUGACCAACGCCAAGACUCAGCUGCAGCACGCCAACCAUCCCCUCCAAACCGCCGACCAGACACUUCCUGUGACGGGCCACGCCCCCCUCCCUGCCGUUGACCACACCCUCUCCGUGAGCAGCGACUCGGGGAACUCUACCGCGUCCGUCAAGACUGAUCGCACCGAUGAGCAAAGCCAGUCUGUGCAGAGCGCCGCAAAUCACAACAACCCCACAGCGACCAACCCACCGCUCAGCCCGCAGGAGAAGAGAGAGCUCGAUCAGCUUCUGAGUGGUCUGGAGGCACAGAAUCAUCUGCGGCAAGCCUACCUGUCCACGUCCACCAGUCCAGGAGGAGGAGUGCGGCACCUGGUCCCGGCACAGGUGCACGUCAACGGGGGCCACACCAGGCUAGCUGCUGCCCCUUCAGCAGAGGAGCGUGAGACAGAUAUCCUCGACGACGAGCUGCCCAAUAGCCAAGAGGGCAACAGUGUCGACAGCUUGGGCACAAUUUCUUCCCUGGAGGGCCAGGCGACACCGGCUGACCUCUACUACCAAUCACAGACGCCCGUUAGCGGGCAGAACGACGGGCCGUAUCUCGAGAGAGGUGCCCUCGGGGAAAAGUUGAGCGAAAUGCCAGUGCAUGGAGCGCAAACGCCCACAGCGAUGCAAGAUAGGUCGGUGGACUCUGCAUCACCACAGGGGGGGUACGACAGCUACCAGAACGGAGGCGGGAUGUACCGCUCACAGUCCUUCGGGAACCCUCCGGCCGGCAGCCCUGAAACCAAUCCUAAACUGAUGCCCAGGGCCCCCGAGAGAAGCACCAGUAGCCGAGAGGCAGUUCAAAGGGGUCUUAACGCUUGGCACCAGUACAGCCUCCCAGAUGAUCCCUUUGGCCCCCCUCUUCAGUCAACCCACAGCUUGCCCCACUUCCCCACGCCUGCUUCACAGCGGGAUAUCGAGCAGUCCAUCGAGGCACUCAACAUGCUCAUGCUCGACCUGGACCCGGUCAACUCCCACAUGUCCAAGUCGCACAGUGCACCCCCUGGGGAGAACAACCUGAAUUCGUCGCAGGUGCCCUUCUCUCAGACCCUCGCCAGACCCUCAUACCAAGCGGACUCCGCCAUCCACGGCUACAACAGCUCCGGGUCGGUCAACAACGCUUUUCAUCAGCCGCUGCGAUCGCCCGGGAGAGUGUCAACAUUGCCCAGCCAGAGCCCUGUGAUGGAGUCUCCAGUGUAUUCCCCCCAGAGGCCCAACGCCGGCUACCAACACCAAAACACCACCCCGACGCACACCCCCGAGCCUUACCUCCAGCCGCGCCAAGCGCCCCACCACUACCCCACUGACCUUUCUUCAAGUUUCAACCAGCAGGCCCCACUGAAGCCUGCGAACUCACACCCAAGCAGCGGGGUUUCCCACUCCCCGGAGCUGCAGGGUUCAUCUCCUUACCCUGGCUACAGUGCCUCCUCUUCCCCUCUCCCAGCUCUCACCCCCCAGCCCAAGGACACCUCCACCUCCUCCUUGGCCAGAGAACAAGAUGCGGAGGAGGAGACGCUGAACUUGGAAGGCCUGGUGGCUCACCGCAUUGCUGAGUACAACGCUCGUAUUCGGGGCAUCAGUGCAAGCAUUUCACCGCAACAAUCUGACCGCCAUCGCUCCUAUUCCUUCUCUGGAGUUCGCUCCAGAGGUAUGACCCCGGAGGUCACGCAAGAAACGGGCCGGCGUCGGACCACCAGUGAGGGACAGUACCAGAGCAGCCACGAUAACUCGCCGGCGGUUCAUUCAUCGGACUUUGCCAACAACUUGGCCCUGAACCCAGGCGGGAGACCCCGAGAGGGUCCCAUGCACAGCUAUCGGGAGGCGUUUGAGGACGAUAAGGCGGACGGGUUUGCCGACAGUCCCACCUUCGGAGGCGGUGGUGGUGAGAAUUCUCCACAGACCCCCAGCUUCCCUGUGUCGCCACAGACUCCUUACUUCAACAUGUCUCGCUCCCCUCCAGGUUUGGCCAAGACUCCUCUGUCGGCACUGGGACUGAAGCCUAAUCAACAGGGUGGAUCAGACUCUGAUUCUAACGAUGGAGAGCAAGAUAAUUGCGGUUUCGGGGACUCGAGAGUGCAACCGUUCCACGUCCCCCUCUCCUCCAGCAGUCCAGCUCACAGCGCUGACGGUAGGAGGAUUGGGUCUUCAGACGGCCCCCCUUACAGCCCCACCCCCUCCCACCCCCACAGACCAACCUCCCCUGAGGGCUGCCAGGUCAACAUCAUGGGCGUCCACACCGUCCCCGGCAGCCCCAACACCCUCCACCGUACAGUGGCCACGAACACGCCGCCUAGCCCCGCCCUCCAGAGACGCCUGGGUCAAGCCAGCCCCUCAAUGGCCAGACACACGCCUCCGGCCGGCGUCCCCUCCAGCCCUCUGAUUGGCCGCAACCCUAAGACAGCGGCCGCCGGUGUGCCUCCCAGCCCCCUGAUGGGGCGCCGCACGGCAGCGAGUGGCCACAGCACACCCGACGAGCUGGGGGCUGCCUCUCGCCAGGGGAGCGCCCACCUGCCCUCCACGCCUGCCUUCCCCGUCUCCCCGCAGCUGCCAGAGAAGAGGCACAUGUCCAGUGGAGACGCAGAGAGGAUGGACAAUAACAACCUGACGCCGACACCGGCCAGCGGCAGCAGCACGCCGAAUCUGUCCGGCACUCAUACACUCCCAGAUGUCUCCAAGUCCAUAUACGACGGUUGUCCAGACAUCAAGAUGAAUGUGAAAUUUGUCCAGGACACCUCCAAGUACUGGUACAAACCAGACAUCUCCAGAGAGCAAGCCAUCAAUCUGUUGAAGGACAGGGAGCCCGGGGCGUUCAUCAUAAGGGACAGCCACUCCUUCCGCGGGGCCUAUGGUCUGGCCAUGAAGGUGGCCUGCCCCCCACCGACAGUCCAACAAACCAAGAAAGUUGGUGACAUUACUAACGAGCUGGUGAGGCACUUCCUGAUUGAGACGAGCCCCAAAGGCGUCCGACUGAAGGGUUGUCCCAACGAACCCUACUUUGGUUGUCUCUCUGCGCUGGUGUACCAACACUCGAUGACUCCGCUGGCUCUGCCCUGCAAACUGAUGAUCCCAACCAAAGACCCAAAUGAAGAGGCGUUGGAACUUGCCACACCUACUGAUCCGGUUGUCGAACUUAUUAAGCAGGGAGCAGUUCAGAAGGUUCCUGAGGAAGCCCAUGCGUGCAACGUUCUCUACAUCAACUCCGUCGACAUGGAGUCGCUCACGGGGCCUCAGGCCAUCGCCAAGGCGAUAAGCCAGACGCUCGCGACCAACCCGCUGCCGGCCGCGACCACCGUCCACUUCAAGGUGUCGACGCAGGGCAUCACGCUCACGGACAGUCAGAGGAGAAUCUUCUUCCGGCGACAUUAUCCCAUCAACACGGUAACUUACAUUGACACCGACCCCCAAGACAGAAAAUGGGGCAAGGAAGGAGGUGGCUCAGUGAGGCUUUUUGGAUUCGUCGCCAGGAAACAGGGAAGCACAACGGACAACGUGAGCCACCUGUUUGCUGAGCUGGACACGGAUCAGCCCGCCUCCGCCAUCGUCAGCUUCGUCUCCAAGAUGAUGAACCGGUGAACCCCCCACCCACACGUUUAAAUGGCAGUGGUCAUUUCUAAACCUUCCUUCUUCGUCGGUUUCGCCAGGACUCGAUGAUGUCUUGUUUUUUUUUGUUUCUGUUUCCUGUUGAUUUGUUGCUGUUUCCCUCCCUCUCUUGUUUUCUCUCUGCCUUGCUGGUUUGUCUUGACUUUGGUCUUUUUUGGAAAAGAAGGUCUAUCCGAAGGUUUGGUACGGAUCCAAAGUGGCGCGAGAGGAUUUGUGAUGUGGAGCUGUGAACGUGACAAACGUGGAGGCGACCGAAGGGAGAACAUUUAUUCACCCGUACGAGGGGAAAAUGACUAAAGGAACAAUGCGAAGUUUAGUCGGGGAACACAUGAGAACUCGAGUACGUUUCAGGGUUUUCUGUCGUCGUUUCUGUUGAUUGAUUUACCAAAGGCUGUUGCAAUACAAGUGCAAGAAUGAUGUAGCUACAAAGCCAUUAUUAUUUCCUCUUUUCAAAAGAUGAAGUGUUGAUCAAAACAAAAACAAAAAAAGAGAAAAGAAAUAAGAGUUUUCUUCUUGAACUUGUCUUCAGGAAAAAAAAAAGAAAAAAAAAGUUGGCCUCGAUGGCUUUUAGCAAAACAGUGUCUGAAGACAUUAUGCAUGUUAGCUUGAUCUUUAAGCUUGGUUCUUCUUACCUUCCACAAGUCAUUGUGAAACCCUUAGGGUGGUCUUUUUCCAGGUCUGUUGUGUGUUGGAAAGGGCUCUGCAGUGAAACAACGACUGAUCUAAACGGCGCAUAGCAGACCGAACUUGAAAAAAAGACGAAAAAUUUUAAAAAUAAAACCCCUAAAAAUCCCACGCUAAGGUCACCGCACACUUUCAGCAUCACCUCGGACUCCGGUCCAAGUCCGAUCACACGCUCUCUCUCUCUCUCUCUCUCUCUCUCUCUCUCUCUCUCUCUCUCUCUCUCUCUCUCUCUCUCUCUCUCAAAACUCGCUUAUUGGAUUACUCCCGCCCUGGAAAUCAGCAAGCGCCUGAUAGCAUGGCCGACGGAGAGAGGAAGACUGUUUGUCCACAAGGUGGCGCCACUCAUUAAGGCUUGGACCCCUGCACCCCCAGCGUCCCAUAGACUUGCCCAUCACCGACUGCUUGCAGCAUAGUGGAUCUGUUGAUAGACGCUGCCACUGAAACACACUGGAAAUCGCCAGGGACUGGCCCCAAUGACCUGGACCUAUGCACUGUUCUUUAUGCAUGUUGUUGUCCCCAAACGCAACCCUCCCUCCCCCCACAGCUACAUUCACCAUCACUGAAAACAUUCUUACGCUGUGUGCUGAAAAAAACGACUUAAAAAAAAAAAAAAAAAAGCCUUUAGACGCGUACACCAAGGUUGUACGCCGUUGUCGAAAGACUGCAUGAAAAUAGACGACAUUUUUUUUACUCCUCUCAGAGUCCUGAAAAAGAAGUUAGACAACCCAUUGUUGAAGUAGUCACAUGAUGGUGAGAUGCUCUGUUUUUACUUUUGUUUCCUGUUUUGUUUUUUUUUUGUUUUUUUUUCUGUUCAUUUUGGUCCAUUUGAGCCAGGGUUUACCUUUUCGCUGUAUCAAGGACGGUCCAGUCUUUUUUCCACAGUGUCGUCAAAAUCUACAUUUAGAUACGUCGUAGGACAAACGAAGAAAAAAAAAACCAACAACACACAAGGAGUUUCCACACUGUGCGCAAAAUGCCUGCUUGUUGAACACACGCUCAACCAUUCACAAUAAGCUAAGGAAAAUUGAUAUUGAUAUAAAUGUACAUAGAUAUACUACUUUGAAAGGUGACAUAGCGAAAAAGUAUUUAUUUUUGUUGCUUUGGUCCCUCAUGAUUACUCAUAUAUACAUAUAUUGUACAGUCUAGAUAAAGAAGAUUACCUAAUGGGUUGAGAAAAAAAAUAUACUUAUUUUGGCUAAUGAUUUCAAAGUCUGACGAUUUUGAAAUGUGUUUGAAUAUAUGGUGUACAUUACUUUGUACAUGUAUAUGUUGGUUUUUCGGCUCGUCAGUUUUGUUUGUUUUUCUUUUUUUUUCUUUUUCUUUUUUUUUUGCGUUCUCUCAGAACGAGGUAGGGCAUGAGUGACGUAGAAGCCGAGAGUCUGAGUUGCAUGGACAGAAGCGUCUGAGCAUGUUCCAGCAGCGGGAACACGCUCGUAGAAGUCAGCGCGUCGUAGCUGGUAGAUAAUAAAAGGCAAAGACACAAAAGGGAAAGCACGAAAAAUGUUCCGCAGCCAACCUCAAAUGCAAUAUGAAAACAGCUGUAUGCACCCAUGACCGUUACUCUUAUAAUUUUUGCCAAAGAUUCAAACACUUCAUGUCUGUGCACAAUGGGAUGCAUGUUGCCCUUUUUUUCAUUUUUUUUUUCAUGUUCAACUGCUCCUCGACUUUUAUGUUUCACCUUUUCAAAACGACACACUUUUGCUCAGCUUUAGCAGCAAAUCUCAAAAAUAAGCUGAACCAGCCAGGACACACAGGGGCGGAGGUCAAAGGUCACAUACUGUAUGUAACACCGGGGGGGCCCUUACGGCGAGACGUUCGGCCGCAGAUGUGUCCUCCUCGGUCGCCUGCUCGGCGGUGAACAGACCUGCUGCUGUGGCCCAAUUGGAAAAAUGUGUAAACAAAGCACUUAUAUUCACAAAUGCCAAAAGAGGAGUGACAUGGAUUAUUCCACAUGGGUGUCCGCGCUGGAGGUAAAACACAAUCAGAUGCUAAAGCUGGGUCCCGAAAAAGUCACUGAUUUAUUUAUUCUUAUUUAUUCUUUUAUUUCUCCUUUUUUUUAUUUUUUUUUAUCCUGUUUCAUUAUCACAUUAUCGCAGUUUUAACGGACGGAGGAAUGCGCAGCGGCGCUUUAUUUAAGGCCAAGAGGAACAGUGCACUUAAAUCGACGACUAAUGAGCUUCAUUUCCCCCUUUAAUUGCCCAACAACGCACAAAAGCUCAAACGUUCUCUAAAUUAAUUUAAAAAAAGAAAGAAAACGGAAAAAUAUAACAUUGCAUAGUGCCUGUUGACUUUGAGUCGAGAGUCGCCGUGCGUUUCCACCGUAGGAGAAGUGAUUUCUGUGACCCCCCCCCCUCCCCCGUGUGCAGACGGGACUCGUGUGAAUGUGCUACUAUAAGACGUACGAAGGGUCUCGGAUUUUGUUUGCGCUUAUCAUUUACAUUAUAUUGUCAUGGCUUACCUGUUCCUAAGGAGAAAAAAGAACAUUAAAGCAAUACAAGUCAGUUA